CGCGCCUCUCCUGCUAGUCCUCCUCUUAGACUCUGUUGCUGCUGCUGCAGCUGCUGCUGCUUCUGCAAAAUGGCAAUGAGCCGAAGGAGUGGGAAGACUGCUGCCAGUCGGAGGUGGUCUCCAGGGGGCUUGGCCUCUGCUUCUGGGGCGAUGGUCAGACUCGGCUUGGUGCUUCUGCUGUUCCCUUGGGCCAGCAGUGGGUUGGACUUCAGCUACCACCACACAGAGGAGAUGGAAACCUUCCUGAAAGACAUACACAAGAACUUCUCUUCCACCACUCACUUAUACAGCAUUGGCAAGUCAUUACAAGGUAGAGACCUGUGGGUUCUUGCUCUGGGAAGGUUUCCAACCCAACAUAAGAUUGGCAUACCAGAGUUCAAGUAUGUUGCUAAUAUGCAUGGGGAUGAGGCAGUUGGACGUGAGCUGCUGCUCCAUUUGAUAGAGUUUUUGGUGACAAGUGACCAGCAUGAUCCAGUAAUUACAAAACUCAUUGACAGCACCAGGAUACACAUCCUACCUUCAAUGAACCCUGAUGGAUUUGAAGCAGCAAUAGUGCUUGCCUGUUUCCCCCCAUAUGGCAGGUACAAUGCUAAUAUGGAAGACCUGAAUAGGAACUUUCCUGAUGUCUUCGAUAGGAAUAAUGCCACCAUCCAGCCAGAGACUCGAGCAGUGAUGAACUGGAUAAAAAAUGAGAUGUUUGUCCUCUCUGCUAAUCUGCAUGGUGGUUCACUGGUAGCAAGUUAUCCAUUUGAUAAUGGUGAUUCAGUUACAAUUACUUCGCAAGGCAUUAGUAAAACUCUGGAUGAUGAUGUUUUUGUGCACCUUGCAAAAACAUAUGCAAGCAACCAUGCUACAAUGCAUCAAGGGUAUCCAUGUCUCAGUGGAGACAACUUUCCACAUGGCAUUACAAAUGGAUAUGCUUGGUACAGGCUGAUAGGUGGGAUGCAGGAUUAUAACUAUAUCUGGGGUCAGUGCUUCGAAAUUACAUUAGAAGUAUCAUGUUGUCAGUAUCCACCAGAGAAUGAUCUCCCAUCUUUCUGGAAUGACAAUAAAGUUGCUUUGAUUGAAUACAUUAAGCAAGUUCAUCUUGGAGUAAAAGGUCGUGUUCUGGAUAAGAAUGGAAAACCUAUUCCAGGCGUGAUAGUGGAGGCUACAGGAAGACAGCACAUAUGUCCUUACAGAACCAGAAGAAAUGGAGAGUACUAUUUGCUGCUGCUGCCUGGGACCUAUACACUUAAUGCAACAAUACCUGGAUCUACUUCAUUGCAGCACGAAGUGUAUGUACCAAAUGGCACAGCAAACUUCAGUGCCCUGAAACAUGACUUUAUUUUCCCCAGUGAAAGCCCUAGCAGAGUGGAACCUGCUCCAUGCCCUGAUGUGCCACUUUAUCCUCCAGAUUCCCAUAAAAGCACCUCAACCAUGCUGAAACCUUCUAUUAACUUCUUGAUUUUAAUUAAUACUUUAUAUCUAGCAUUCAGGUAACUUAUUAAUGUGUGUGGUUUUGGAAGUACUUUAACAAAAAUGGUUUAUAUUUGAACAUAUAAGACAUAAAAAUGAGCUGCAUUCUUGACAAUCAAUAAAU